AUGCGCUGCACCUUAUAUACCGACGACACGCCUGUGGAGAGCGGGGUCACGCGCGGCAGUCGUCAUGGCGACGGCGCCGCCGAGAUACCCGAGUUGGGUAUCUGGUGGGGAGCCGAGGCAGAGGAGAGGAGACGAGACGACCGGGCCGGCGCUGCACAGGACGCCCGAGUUGAGAUCGAGGUUGACAGUGAUCCGAGUGGCAGUGAUGACGAGGGCGCCAAGAAGAAACCCAACAGGAGGCAGGGAGCUGGAAGAGGAGGCGCAAAAGGCCGAGGCCGGGGGAGAAAACCACCCAGUGACGGCGAAGACGAAGACGAAGACGAGGAGGACGAAGCUCCCAGGGGACGAAGGGGGGCAAACAACAAGCAGAAGCCGCCCGCCAAGAAACGCGGGGGGCGCAAUCAGGACGAGGACGAGGACGAGGGUCCCAAGAGGAAGAGGAAGGGAGCCGCCAAUCGGAAGAGAGGAGGCAAAGCUCAGGACAGCGACGAGGAGGAGAGCGAUGCGGGGAAGGGGAGGAAGGGAAAGAAGGGAGGGGGGAGGAAAGGAGGGAAACAGGCGGAGGACGGUAAGGGAAAGAAGGGGGACGCCAAAGGGAAGGACGCCAAAGAGAAGGACGACGACAAGGACAAGAAGAAGAAGAAGAAAAAGGACGACAGCUCAUCCAACUCCAACUCCAACUCCGACGAGGAGGACUCCAUGUCGGAGGGCGAGAUGGCCCGGCUGAUGGAGGAGGUGGAGGAGAAGAAGAAGCUGAUCACCACCAUCAGGAACCAGCCGUGGAGGAUGCAGCGGAGGCUCCUCAACCUGAAGGAGGCUCAGGAGUUUGUGGAUAAGUUCGAGGGCGCUUUGGGCAAAGGGAAAGGCAGGAAGUGGUUUGCCUACAAAGUGAUGAUGAAAAAGAAAUGGAUCAAGUUCCAGAGGGACUUUGAGAACUUCAGAACAGCCUGUAUCCCCUGGGAGAGGAAAAUCAAAGAAGUGGAGAGUCACUUUGGGUCAUCUGUGGCAUCUUACUUCAUCUUCCUGCGCUGGAUGUACGGCAUGAACCUGGUGCUUUUUGGUUUCACCUUUGGACUGGUGGUCAUCCCCGAGGUUCUGAUGGGCCUUCCCUACGGGUCCAUUGCCAGGAAGACGGUACCCAGAGCCCAGCAGGACACCGCUCAGGACUACUCUGUCCUCAUGGACUUCCAGGGCUACUGCAAAUACUCGGUCCUGUUCUACGGCUACUACAACAACCAGCGGACCAUCGGCCUGCUGAAGUUCCGGCUGCCUCUGUCCUACCUCAUGGUCGGGAUCGGCACCUUCGGCUACAGCCUGAUGGUCGUGAUCCGCACGAUGGCCAAGAACGCCGACGUCGGCGGCGGCGACGGAGACGAAGGCGAGUUCACGUUCGCCUGGAAGAUGUUCACCAGCUGGGAUUACCUCAUCGGCAACUCGGAGACCGCCGACAACAAAUUCGCCUCCAUCACCACCAGCUUCAAGGAGUCCAUCGUGGAUGAGCAGGAGAACCAGAAGGAUGAGAACAUCCACCUGCGCAGGUUCCUCAGGGUCAUGGCGAACUUCCUGAUCACCUGCAGCCUCGGCGGCAGCGGCUACCUCAUCUACUUCGUGGUGAAGAGGUCGCAGGAGUUCGCCGGCAGAACCGACCUCAGCUGGUACGAGAAGAACGAGCUGGAGCUCAUCAUGUCUCUGCUGGGCCUCGUGUGUCCUCCUCUGUUUGAGACCAUCGCUGAGAUGGAGGACUACCAUCCCCGCAUCGCCCUCAAGUGGCAGCUCGGCCGCAUCUUCGCCCUCUUCCUGGGAAACCUCUACACCUUCCUGUUCGCCCUGUUCGACGACGUCAACAACAAGCUGGAACAAGAGGACUCCAUUAAGAACGCCAGCCUGUGGGCCAUGAAGGAGUACUACGCCAACUACACCUUCAUGCUCAACGACACCGACUCCACCCCGCCCCCCAUGCCCCCCGCCGACAUCAUCAGAGGACCCUGCUGGGAGACCGCCGUCGGCAUUGAGUUUGUGAAGCUGACGGUGUCGGACAUCCAGGUGUCCUACCUGACCAUCCUGAUCGGGGACUUUGCCCGAGCGGUCAUCGUUCGGUUCCUCAACUACUGCUGGUGCUGGGACCUGGAGGCGGGAUUUCCGUCAUAUGGAGAGUUUGACAUCAGCGGUAACGUCCUUGGACUGGUUUUCAACCAAGGAAUGAUCUGGAUGGGUGCGUUCUACGCUCCCGGGCUGGUGGGCAUCAACGUGCUGCGCCUCCUCAGCUCCAUGUACUACCAGUGUUGGGCCGUCAUGGCAACCAACGUCCCGCACGAGAGAGUCUUCAAGGCCUCCAAGUCCAACAACUUCUACAUGGGGCUGCUCCUCCUCAUCCUCUUCCUCAGCCUGCUGCCCGUGGUCUACACCAUCAUGACGCUGCCGCCUUCGUUCGACUGCGGGCCCUUCAGUGGGAAGGUGAAGAUGUUCGACGUGAUCAUGGAGACGAUCGAUCUCGACCUGCCGGCCUUCUUGGGGACGAUUUUCGGCUACGCAGCAAAUCCAGGACUCAUCAUACCAGCUGUCCUCCUCAUGGUACUGGCCAUCUACUACCUGAACUCGGUGGCUGAGGCCUAUCAGAACGCCAACUUGGAGCUGAAGAAGAAGAUGCAGAUGACUCGGGAUGAAGAGAAGAACCGGAGGAACAACAUGGACAGCACCAACCAGGUGAUGAAGGACCUGGAGGACCUGCUGCCCAACCGGGCCUCCACGCCAGCCGCCCCCCCACCCAGGCCUGAGAAGAUGGCGGAGCUGGAGGCGAAGCCGACGAAGACGAAGCCCGGCUCGGCCGGUAAAGACGUGAACCUGCAGAAGGACGUGACGCUGGCGUCGCCCAACCCCAACGCCCGGGCGCCGGUGAGCCGGCCGCCGGGGCCCAGAGGAGCCGGACCGGGAGCGGGACCGGGACCGGGCCCGGGGCGCGGCCGUGGGAGGGGGGGGGGCCCUCCUCCGAGAUAA